AUGGCCAUGCGAGUCAACUCUGCUCAGGUUCAUCAUUUGUUCGUUAUGAAGCGGACGUACUGCAAGUACGAUCGCCUGUUACUGAAAUGGGCCAGCCCCUCUAUGCAGCAGGACGAGGUACUGGGCUAUGUCGUGCGCUACUACGAUACAGAGCCACGCUGGCCCGUGAAGAACGAGAAGGAGGUGAAGCUGGCCUCCAGACUUCUGAAGCCCAGCGAGCAGACGGCACAGUUCCUGGAAGGAAGCGCUGCCAUGUCUGUCGCCAAGACCGACGGCGAGAUGGGAG